AGAGGCAGCAAGUGUGACUGAGAUUUCAGUCCUGCCUGGGGACUUUAUACUAGGAUGGCCCUCCAAUCACCGGCUCUGAGGUUUCUCCUGGCCCUUACAUCUCUAUUGUCAGCACAUGGCCAGGAAGAACUUUUCAACACCCAGAUAGUGCCCCAGGGAACAGAAAUGUGCCAAAGGCCCUUGUGGGACUCCAGACUCCACCUGGCACCAGACCAGGUGAAUUAUAAGAAGAAUGAAGAAGUAAUGUUGAGCUGCCCUGAAGGUUUCCAGCCAUCCUUCACCCGCGUUAAAUGUUCAAGCGAAGUCCAGUCCUUCACUGGUGGGAAACCUGUCUACAGAGAGGUCUGGACUGUAAGAAACUCCAGAGGUGCCUGGGUCCGCAUUCAGUCCAGAGUGGAGUGCAGUGAAGUGCUCCAGGUUGACCCUGAGACCUUUGAGAUUUCCAGCACCAGCAUCAAACUGAAAUGGACCUGCAGGUUCCCUGAUGCCUGCCAGGGCAUGAGGGCCAUGUGCCAGCUGGCAGAGCCUUCCUCCCCUCCCUGUGAGGCUGAGGAGGUGAAUGGAGAGCAGAUGUUACAUGGCCAGGAGGGAACAUUCACCUGCUCCCCUUUGCAGCCCUUCACCGAGUACAGUGUCACCAUCGACCUGCUCCCCAACACAACCCUUUUCUCAUGGUUGUUCACCACAGAGGAAACAGUGCCGGACAAACCGGAGCAGCUGUGGCUGGAUCCUGACAGGGGAUCUCUCAGGUGGAGUUCGCUGCCCUCCUGCAAUGGGGAGAUCAUUGGAUACCAGCUGAGCAUCACAGCCAGGAAUGCAGGGGACAGCAGCGUGCUGGAGACGGAGCGGCUGCGGCUCAAUGGCUCCGUCACCGAGCUCCGGCUGCCGGGACACAGCCCCGGCAGCAGCUACGCCGUGACGAUCCGGGGAGUGACGGCUGCUGGAGCCGGGGCUGCGUUGAUGAGGGAGUUUCACGGCAACAGCAGCUCCGACAGCCCGCGCCCCCAGGCCAUCAGCUGCCGCAGCGCCCGCGACAUCGCCCCAUCGCAAGGCACGGCCGUGCUUCCCCUGCGCCCCAUCGCCCGUGGCUCUGAGGCCGCCAGGGAGCACCAGCUGAUCGUGGCCGCGACGCACGACGGCUCGCUGAUCGAGAGCAUCUGCUCGGGGCAGCCACGGCUCUCCAACGCCAGCGUCUACCUGGCCGCUCUUCUCAACCUCACCGCCCCCACGGACUUCGUGCUGGGCGACGGGAGCCGCGGCCAGGGCCAGCACAACGCUGCCCUCCGCCCGGGCCGGGACUACACGGCCCUUCUGCGCCUCGGCCGCCUCGGCCCGCAGGCAGAGAAGUUCACCUGUGUCUGCUACAGCUUCUCUGUUGUUGCAGAACAGACUGCAGGCCAGUGGCAUGGGGUUGUGAUUGGACUGGUUGUGCUGUUGGCUGUCCUCCUUGUGGCUGCAGUCAUCCUGUGGCUUGUGCUCUCCAGAUAA